AAAGACUUAAGGACAACAUCCUUUCCACGAGGGCGCACGGUCUAUGCGCAUACGCGCAGGAACACUGGCAUUCCCGACUGAGAGGAGACAGGAGGAUAAUGAAAAACAUCGUUUAAAAAAUUACAAACUGGCAAUCUGGACUUUAAAACGAAGGAUCCAGGAGAACACGUAUUUGACCUCGUAGCGCUUCAAAGGAAUAAUAACUUGUUCAAUCAGACGGCAGCUGGGCAUUCUGAGUUAUGUUUACCUUGCACAUACCGUGACUGGGAGACUGACAUGUCAGCCAUAAGACCACCGUUGUUUCUACAAAGAAUGAGGUUCUCAAGUUUUGUGUCAGCUGCCUUCGACUGAGGUUGAGUUUGGAUGCUCGAAGUUAAUCCCCAUCACUAAACGGACGGGACUAAGUUUCUACAUCCUUUAGUAUGACAAAAGACAUGGACGUCUCUCUAAGGUAACUGCUGGAGGUUUUUACCGGUUGUAACUUAAAAAAACAAAACAAAAAAAACAAAACAAAACAAACAAAAAAAACAUUUCUUAAGUAGAAUCUUAACUUAUUUGUUUAGUUAUUUUUAAGAACACGUUGUUUAAAUAUGUCAUGUGGCCGCACAGCGUCGAUUUACCUGGAAUGACGGAUUUGUAAAUGCAAAGCAAACCCCUGGAGAAACUCAGUGCACUUAAAGACAAUCGCCAGCCACCCCACUGAAGAGAAAAUGAAUAUAAUCGUCUUAGCAACGUGUUUUAUGGUUUGCCUACUAUCAAUUCAGUGUGCACUGACCCCGGGAACGGAGACGCAAACGGGGUCCCAGGAGUCGUGCGCAUCGUGUUUACUCGGGCAUCCAGAUGACUCUGACAGAAAAGACACAGACUUCCUGGAUGCGGUUAAGAGACAUAUACUGAACAGAUUACAGAUGAAGCAGAGACCUAAUAUAACUCACCCUAUCCCGAAGGCUGCAAUGGUCACUGCAUUGAGGAAACUCCAUGCCGGCAAAGUGAGAGAAGACGGGAGGUUAGAGAUUCCUAACUUGGAUGGACAAGCCGCCUACAAUAACGAGGUGCUAGAGGAAACGUCAGAAAUCAUCAGUUUCGCCGAGUCAGAUGAUCUGGCUUCAUCCAAGUCGAGCCUCUUCUUCCUGAUCUCCAACGAGGGGAACCAGAACCUGCAUGUACUGCAAGCCAGCCUGUGGCUGUAUUUCAAGCUGCUGCCCGGGGGCUUGGAGAAGGGUCUGCGGCGGAAGGUGAUGGUGAGGGUGUACCACCCGAAGUCGGACGGCCAGACCAGGCGUGGCCCCCUGGUGGAGAAGCGGGUGGAGCUGAAGCGAAGUGGUUGGCACACCUUCCCCCUGCUGGAGGCGGUGCGGGCCGUGCUGGGCUCGGGCGGCCGGAGGCAGGACCUGGACGUGCACUGUGAGGGUUGCGAAGCUGCCAGUGUGGCGCCCAUCCUGGUGGACACGGCCGACCCCUCGCACCGGCCCUUCCUGGUGGUGCGCGCCCGUCAGGCGGAUGCCAAGCACCGCAUCCGCAAGCGGGGCCUGGAAUGCGACGGGAGCAGUGGCGGUCUGUGCUGCCGGCAGCAGUUCUACAUCGACUUCCGCCUCAUCGGCUGGAACGAUUGGAUCAUCGCGCCGGCCGGCUACUUCGGGAACUACUGCGAGGGCAACUGCCCGGCCUACAUGGCUGGUGUGCCGGGCUCAGCGUCCUCCUUUCACACAGCUGUGGUGAACCAGUACCGCAUGCGGGGCAUGAGCCCCGGCUCCGUGAACUCCUGCUGCAUCCCCACCAAGCUUAGCACCAUGUCCAUGCUGUACUUCGACGACGAGUACAACAUCGUGAAGCGGGACGUUCCCAACAUGAUCGUAGAGGAAUGCGGCUGUGCCUGAGACCUGUUUGAAUCUAGUCAGAGAACGAUGCCACAAAAACUGUGGCAGACAUAUUUAUGGCCCUUGUGUACCACAUGCAUAUAGAAACAUGUUAUUAUAUGUCCACUCAGAGCAUACAAUCUUUGCAUGAACAAGCGGUGGAAAUACGUGAUGGAUUAGUGAUUCAAUCCCAUCUAAUGAACACAAAAGCAUUGGAAUGAGAAGGGAAAGGUUAUCACCAAAAGUUUAAUCUAGUUUGCCAUUUCUAGACUUUAAAAAAAAAUGGUGUCGUCCUCUCUUCUCUAACAGAGGCAAAAGAUGGUUAUGUCUGACUGUACCUGUGACAAGCUGGUAUUGCCCAUUGGAAUGUGUUCUUCUCAGCACCCGUUCCAAGACUGGUAAAAGCACUGACAUAUCAACGUCCUAUACACUUCAGAACAACAGCACUUCAACAGCAUUUCAAAGACACUGACAAGCCAUCCCUUUAAGGUGGAGUCCUCGGUAAUAUGACAUCAUGUUCCUCAAAGCAGUCCCAUUACCCUGACUGAAAUGACCUGUGGCAUUGUUACGUAUCAGUCGGGUAGGGUCAGCGCAGACCUGCAAGUGGCCAUGCAGAUGAUGCCGGCACGCGACAGAACUGAUUCCCUCGCCCUGUCUGUGUGGCAGACCGCCGAACCAAGGAGUAAGGUCGAACAGGUGAAGUAUGAUGUCAUAGCUCUUUGGCUGUGAGUUUCAGUGGCACAUAAAUGCUGUCGGCACCAUGUGCUCUGUGGAGGCGGUGUCAUACUCACCAGCUGGCAGCGCAGGCACUUGCAAAAGCGCUCAAAAUGCACAAUUUAAAAGCACUUGCCUAUCAAAAUGCCUUCAAAAGGGCUCUCGAGAGGCGCCCCUCCCCUCAUUCAUAGUCCCGGUAAUAAAAAGUGCCGCACAAGCUAUGCAGUGUACAGUAAUCCCGAACCACAUCAGACUGAACGUUUUCACAUGCUGAUCUUUAAACUCUUAAUAGAUACUUGAAAUCUGAUCUUCGCUUGCUUUCCAAAGCGGAUGAUUGUUAAAAUAUUUGCACUGAAAAGUUGCGGAAAAUAAUUAAAAGACAAAAAAGAGAUUAAAAAAAGGCAAAAAAAACAAAAUGAUAUUGAGAAAGUUAUUUUUAUAGUAGUAAGCUUGAUUUUGUGGAAAUGUAUGAACCUUAUAAUGGAACCAAAGAGGCCAAUAUUUUAGCUAUUAUAAUAUGGUGGCAAGGCCAUUACAAUAUGUGUGUAAGAUAAUUGUCAAUCCUUAUCAAGAGGCCUAAUCACUGUAUCAGGGCACUACAACAUGGAUUCCAUUUUAACUCUUUUCUUUUUCUUUUUUUUACUUUGUACAGCAAACCUAUGAACCAGUCUUUUUGUCAUUUAAUUAUCCAGUUUUCUAUUUAAUAAAACUUAUUUCUAGCUGUUGUUACGAAGUUGAUUAGAUAAACAUGCAUCAUCUCUGUACAGUUUAUGUAAAAAAAAAAAAUUAAAAUAUCCUUUCUUAAAUAUUUUGUAACUUUAAAAUAAAUUCUUACUCUGAA